CGCUGCAAGUAUUCAGUCGCUCAAUAGAGGGCGAUGGUGGAGCCUCGUCUGUCUCUGCAGCUCCGCCAUUAAAUCAGAGGCGGAGAGAAAGCGGGGGGGAGACCGAGGGAUAAGGUCCUGGGAGCUGUAAGUAACAUCCCGCUUUCCCGUUUGCGGGGAGGAGGGUGUCCCGAAGGCGCUCCUCUUCAGACAGGCCCGCUGGGCUGAGCUCCGCGGAGCUGAUCCGCCUAAAGGAGUGAGUUGGAGUGAGGAAAAGGAAGAAGCUCAACUUAGGAGCACCCUCAGAGAAUGACCUUGGAACGCUGGGGCCCUUGACCAUUAGAGCUCUUUUGUCACUGAGUAAAUCUGGUCCCCCCUGAGGUAUCUCAUUGGAGUGCUAGAAGACCAAAAAAGAAGCCAUAACAGUCAUUUCUUCUUUUUCGGGGGUUGAGAGCAAAGGCCUAUAUAUCUAUGCUCUCUACUUCCAGAAUCGAGUGUGGAUUUGAGAGGGAAAACAAUGGCGGCCCAAAAGUCUACAGGGCCAAGACCAGAAGGAGCAGCAAAACCCACAAAUGCAGUUCAGCCGGAAUGUAUGACUGAGCGACGAGAAUGGGGAGCACUGCAACAGCGCUGGGAAGCCCAGUGGCAGGCUUUCCUGAAGACCCUGCAGUCUCCUCACUCGACAUGGGAAUACCCAGGGAUGCCUGAGUCUGCCCCCUGGGAAGACGCCAAGGCCUUCCUGGCCUCCUUCGAGCAAGUGGCCAAAGCCUGCUGGUGGCCUAGAGGAGAGUGGGCUGCCCUGCUCCUGCCAGCCCUAAGCGGGGAAGCGGAAGAGGCCUUCAGGAGCCUGGAAGCCGGAGAUCAGGAGGACUAUGGGAAGGUGAAGGCGGCCAUCUUGCGAGGGGAUGCCCUGAAGAUGGAGGCUCAGCGCCAGCGCUUCAGGCAAUUCUGCUGCGAGGAGGUGGAGGACCCCCGAAGGGUCUACAGCCAGCUGCAGGAGCUUUGCCACCAGUGGCUGAAGCCGGAGAGGCGCAGCAAGGAGCAGAUCCUGGAGCUGCUGAUCCUGGAGCAGUUCCUGGCCAGCCUCCCGCCGGAACUGCAGGGCUGGAUCCGAGCAGGCGGGCCAGAGACGUGUUCCCAGGCGGUGGCCCUGGCGGAGGAGUUCCUGAGGAGCCAGCAGGAGGCCAAGACUGGGGAGUGGCAGGGGCCAUUGCAGGAGGAGGAGAGUGUGGCUUCCCUGGGCACAGAGAAGGGAACUUUGGAUGCUGCACAGGGAGAGGCAUACCAAGACACCAAGCAGAAUCAGACUGGUGGCAUCAAUGUGUUGGGCAGUGGAAUGAAAUGUCCAAGUCAUUCUAGCUCAUUGCUUCCUCCAGAAGGACAGGAAAUGGCUAAAGCUGGGCUGAGUGAGGGACUGAUGACCUUCAAGGAGACAGGUGCACCUUUCCACAUGGUUGAGUGGACUCCAGCGCAGCCAGGCCAACAGACGAUGUUCUGGGAAGUCCUGCAGGAGGUUGGUGGGAGCAUGCAAUCGUUAGGUGUCCAGAAGGGAAGUCAGCUCAAGGUGGAGGAUUCUCAGUAUGGCGGAGAAGAGCCUGAGGAAACUCCCAGGACGCUGCCAGAGAUGGGCCAAGGGAAUGUUCCAGUGACAGCUGUGAUACAUGAGGAAAGAUGUGAACAAAAGAGAUGUUUGGUCAAGCUGGAGAAAUCUCUGCAGGGAGAGGCUUUGCCAGAGGAAACCAACAAGACAUUUUGGAGUUGUCCUGAUACAUCUGAAAUUCUUGAUCAGAGAUGGGAGUCCAAAGGGCCACAAGAGACGAAGGAGAUGGUGGUAGAGAAUGAAUGCUGGGAGCCCACCGAAGGUCUUGCAGGUGAUGAGAAGAGAAGACCGAUCAAGAUGGAGGAACCAGGGCCGGAGGAAACGCAUGGCAUGUUAGCAGAUAUAUCCGAAAGGAACAUUCUUCUGAUGGCUGAAAUUCGUGGACAGAGAUGUGACAGGAAAGGAACUAAGAUGGGAAAUGCUCAUUGUGGAGGAAGCAAGACACAGGAAACACCCAAGACAGUUCCAGCAAUAACCCAGAGGAUUGCGUCCAUGACACCUGAGAUCCAAGAGCAAAGAUUCAAGUCCAAAAGUCAGCAGGAGAAAAAUCCAAUAGAAGUCGAGGAUGAACCCAUCCUUGCAGGUGCCAAGAAUGACACUCCUGUGCAGGGAAGGCCCCAGACACCCCGGGCUUCCAAAUGUGGGAGAAAGUAUGAGUGCCCAGAGUGUGGGAAAAACUUAACUUCCCAACAAAUCUUAAAAGUUCACCUGAGAACUCACACAGGAGAGAGACCAUACAAGUGUUCCCAUUGUGGGAAACUCUUCACUCGGAAAAUGCAUUUGCAGCGACAUCAGAAGGUUCAUGCAGAGGAGAGCCCUUGUGAAUGUCCUGAGUGUGGGAAAACCUUUUCUCGGAGAGAUACACUGAUUGAACAUCAGAGGGUUCACUCUGGAGAUAUGCCAUAUGAAUGUCCUGAGUGUGGGAAAACCUUUUGUCGGAGGAAUAAACUGACUGAACAUCAGCGGGUUCAUACCGGAGAGAGGCCGUACGAGUGUUCCCAUUGUGGGAAAUUCUUCACUCAGAAAAUGCAUUUGAAACGCCAUCAGAGGCUUCAUACAGGGGAGAACCCUUAUGAAUGUUCCGAGUGCGGGAAAACUUUUUCUCGGAGAGAUACACUGUUAGAACAUCAGAGGGUUCAUACUGGAGAGAGGCCAUAUGCGUGUCCCCUUUGUGGAAAAUACUUCACUAAGAGCAUAAGUCUGAAGCGUCAUCAGAUGAUUCACACUGGAGAGAGGCCGUAUGAGUGUUCUCACUGUGGGAAACUCUUCACUCAGAGCAUAAAUUUGAAGCGUCAUCAGAUUGUUCAUACAAGGGAGAAACCUUAUAGGUGCCCUGAGUGUGGAGAAGGCUUUAGUCGCAAAGACAAUUUGAUUAUCCAUCAACAAAUUCAUUUACUUCAUUAACAAAGCUCAUCCUGUGAGACUUGGUUGUUCUACAGAAGAAGCUUCAAUAGCCUCUUACACAGCAGAGAAUCCAAAGGGAAGGAAAUACUUAUGAGUGCUGGGAACAGGUUGUUAUUGCACUGCAAGAAUAUCAGCAGAUAUUGAAAACAGAACAUCUAACAUAGAGGAAAUAAGAGAUUUGCCUACCGCAGGGUCGAGGACCCGCUGGCCCUUCAGAUGUUGUUGAUCUCCCAUUCCCAUCAGCUCCAGUCUGCUUAGCCAGUGGCCAGGGAUGAGAGGAGGUGUAGUCCAGGGACAUCUGGAGAGCCACAGAUUCCCCCAUCCCAGGUUGGCAGAGAGCAUAAGAAAUGUGUCUUUGGAUCUAUCCAGCUCCCUGCACGCUACUCCUAAUUGUAUAAAACUGUCAUUCCUUAGGAUCUCCCCCAAAGAAACAUGAAAUCCUGGAGAGCCACUGCCAGUCAGUGUAGACAUUACUGAGCUGGAUGGACCAAUGGUCUGACUCGAUAUAAAGCAGGUUCUGCAGUAGAGAAAUAUUCUCAACAAAUUUAGCUUUCCCACAUGAGAGCACUCCUACACCUUGCUCGUUGCAGUUACCCUUUACCUUUUCCACAUCAGUGACAACCUUUCUCUGACAAGUCAAACGGUCCAUUCCGUGUGGUGUAUUUGCCAGUUCUCUGAUCUCAAUCUCUCACUUUUUGCCUGUGCUACCUCCAACUGCUAUCAGCUUCCCUCUCCAGCACAUUGGCGACAUCCACACAUGUUGUGCCAAAACACACACACACACAAAUUAAUAGCCAAAUGAAAAAAGAAUGGUAAGAGGUUUUCUCCACCUGAAGAUUGCAUGCACAAAUCCCCUCCGUCCUGCAUUCACACUGCUCCUCACCUUCUUGGAUUGGGACUGCAAGCUCUGCACAUGCAUCUGGGAAAAGGGGGGUUAAUUUUUUUUUUAUUGGCCUGCUGCUCCUGAGCCAUUCAAGGCAGCUUCAGUCUGCAGACGUUGCAGACGUUCAUCUUUAUCUCCAAGUCCUGAAAAACCUUCAUCUGAUUAUUUCUGCCAGCCAGUAUGCUGUUAAAUACGUAACAGCAGGUCGGACCAUUUUUCCAUUUGUGGACCAGUUUGCGACCGCAUGGAUUAAUGAAUUCCCAGGAUCAACAUUCCUUGGUUUGAAUAUGUGGGUCAGAACUGUGAUAAGGAAUGGGACUGGUGAUGCAAAAGCUCCUUGGUUUGUGAGUCACCCCCUCUUCCCAAAUUACAAUUCUCAUUCAUUCUCCUGUGUUUUUUGUUUACAUUGGGGUGGGGAAGAUCUGUGAUGUAGCUUGCUUUAGGCAUCCCCCAAAUUUUCCUCUGGUUGAAGGUUGUAGCCUGGACAUGCCUGGUGUUGCCCACCCCAUCACUAGGGAAGAAACAAUGUCAAAGCAUCAAUGUAGGGACUGGGAGCAUUCUACCAGUGGACCCCUGGCCAAUUUCCGGGAGGCCAUUGUGGUUGAUGGCCUUCUUAAGAAGACUGCUAGACCUGUCUUUGGCACAGACAACCCCACCUCCUUAUCACAGUCAAAAGAGUUUGAUUUAACCUCUUGAACCAUAAAGAGAAGGUAUGUGAAAGGACAAAAAAAAAGAUAGACAUCCUCAUUUGCUGAACAGACCUUGCAGACACCAUCUUGUAAAAUGACUGCCUUUAUGCUAUGCUAGCCCUUCCCCCUGAUAACCUAGAAACACAAUCUGGGUGUCUAAUCAUAGGUUUUUGAGCUCAACAGAGUUAUUGGAAGUGGUCCAAAGAUUAAUGGGUUAUCAGAGCAAAUAUCAGAGCAGAUAGGACCACUGACCAUGGAUGACUUGUGCCUUAAAUCAGGUGUGGGGAAACUUUUCUAGCCCAAGGGCCAAAAUUCCCUUCUCAGCAACCUUCCUGGGGCCGCAUGCCAGUGGUGUGCUGGGCUGGAGCAAUGAGGGUAAAUGUAACUUUGUACAGUUGUCUAGUUUCUGUACAUACACACAGACACACACCCUCUCUAUCCUUCAUUCAGACAAGCAAGAGGCAGACCGCCUCUGCAGUAAAUGUUGAAAGCAGUAUCAUACCACUUUGAACAGUUACGGCUUCCUCCAAAGAAUCCUGGGCACCAUCCUUCGCUAAAGGGUGCUGAGAGUUGUUAGAAGACUCCUAAUUCCCAGAGUAGUUAAACAGUCAAUUUCUCUUCCCAGGGAACUCUGGGAAUUGUAGUUUUGUGAGGGGAAUCGGAGCGUCUAACGGCUCUCAGCCUCCUUAACAAAUUACAGUUCCCAAGAUUCUUUGGAGGAAGCCAUGGCUGUUUAAAGUGGUAUGAUUCUGCUUAAAAUUUAUAGCGUAGAUAGGGCUGUGUGAUCAGAGUUCAAGGAUACAUCCAGCCAGGCAGAAACACAAGGAAAGAGUGAAGCAGGGCUGGGGAGGGCACGACCUGGAAAAAGGUGUGCGGUGUGCUGAGAGUCUCACAGGCCAGGUAAACAGACUACGGUUCCCCAUCUCCAUCCCCACCCCUGCCUUAGAUCUUAAGAAAUCUGGAAUGUGGCCUGUUGCUUUGUACACCCAUUGAAGGCCCACCAUGGGAUUUAUAAAAAAAUUAAGUAGACCUGGCAAGGCUGAAAUCCAGCUCACUCCCAUACAGAAGAAUAUGGAAUCAGCCCAGCCCAGGAUACAGAUUGGGAAGAGAUGUUUCAUCCCUGCUCUGACAAGGGGGCAGGGGCAGAUUGUCUUAACCUUUGUGGACUAAUGGAAAGUAGGCAGUGGAGACGAGGCUCUGAUGUCAGUGGGGCAGUGAAUCCACUCAGGGUUUUACUCCAACCUUUCAAGGAACUGUCCAAGGUGCUUCCCACUGAAUGUAGGGCUUUUGCUUUCUAGAGAUGCUUCGGUUGGGUUAGUGCUUGGGUGCAUGUCCUACAUACAUGGUGGUGUGUUAAAGAAGGCAACAAUAUUUUUAA